CGUUUAGUGAAUCUGUGAUGUAAUCUAAUGUAUCACAUGUUCACAGCAUGUCUGCAACCAAAAGGCAACAAACACUUAAAGUCUUAUGUCUUCAUGGCUAUCGGCAAACAGGCGAUGCAUUCAAAUCAAAAAGUGGAGGAUUUCUAUUCAUCGAUGGUCCACAUGUGGUACCAAUUGGUGCUCAAAACCCGGACGGAGAUGACUUCUGUUUAUGAAUUAUAUACGAAAAUAGCAAAGAGUUGGUGGUUUUCGGACGUAAAUCCCGAUUAUUUUAGUUCAUCUCAAGAAUCAAAUACAUGUAAAGGAUUUGAUGAGACAUUAUCUAUGAUAAGACGUACAAUUGAAACCCAGGGACCAUUUGAUGGAAUAUUAGGAUUCAGUCAGGGAUCAGCUUUGGUGGCACUUCUAUGUUGUCUUAACACUCUGAAUGAAUUCAAUUACAAUCUUAAGUUUGUGGUAAUAAUCGCUGGAUUUAAAAGCCUUUCGACAAAACAUUUGGAACUCUUUGACAGACUUAAUGGUCAGCUCAUAGACAUUCCGUCACUUCACGUAAUCGGAGAAACGGAUCAAAUAAUAGAUAAAACCAGAAGUGAACAGUUGUCGCAACACUUUGCCAAUCCAUUCAUUAUCUACCAUUCGGGCGGACAUUUAGUUCCGUCCCAUUCAUCCAAUAGACAAAAGUUUCACCAAUUCUUUGAUCAAUUUAUUUAGAAAAGUAGUAAAAAUAAAAAUAAUUAAUUUCUAAUCAAAUAAA